GGCGAUUCUCUGUAAGGUCGUAAUCGGCUGUCCCGACAAUUUUUUUCAGAAAGUAAUUAAAUUAUUUAAAAAGAAAUCACUUCUAAUGAAAAUUCAACCCCGAAACUUUAGGGGCCAUUUUGUUUUAGAACCAUAAUUAUUUUAAUUUUUUGUCUAGACUUAAUAGAAACUCUAAAAAUACAGUCCCCUGGUUGUCCCCAUCACUGUAUUUCCUUCUCGAAAUGAGAUUUACGGAAAAGUUAGUGAAACUAAAUAUAUCUGGCAGUUAAUAUCAUAUAGUAAAAUAAUGAAAUUAUGUUAUUGUAUUAAAAAAAGGUCUAAUUAUCUAUUUUAUUAAUUUUGUAAAGUCCUGUAAACUUUGUCCCCAGAAUUUGUAUACAGGCCCCUGUCAAAAAAAUUAAGUCAUAAUAAAACAAAACUGUAAUGUUUACAAACGUUUUUUUGAGUGAAACAAAACGCAAUUGUUGUGAAGUUGGCAACCAUGCUGAAGGCGGCGACGAGAAGCCAUUUUGUUUAGUGUCAGACCACCAUUUGUGAGGUAAAGACGCGGUAGGACCGCUACCACACACAGUCCUCUGGUUGAUCAAACACACAUGAAAUGGUUCCUAAAAAGAAAAAGUUAUCCCGAGAGGAAUUGCUACAGAAAAAGAGGGAAGCAGAAAAACUACGAUAUUUAAAAAGAAAGAAUGACCCACAAAAAAGAGAAGAAAUGAGAGAAAAGGAGAAAUUGAAAUACCAAAAGAAGAAAGAAAAAGGUUUACGGAAGUUAGUAAAGGAUAUGACGCCACGUGAGCAUAGAGCUGCCUUAAAGAAGUGGAAAGAACAUUGUACCGUAUACCGAGCCAAAAGACUGAGACUUAAAAGCGUCACGAACACUUUUUUACGAGAAAAUACCCCGUUGUCAGAUCCAGAAGUAGAUACUCCGCCUUCAAGAUCUACCACUCCAGUUCCAGUUCAAAUAUCUCCAGCGCCAAGCUUAGCCGUUUCCAUUGCUAGUCGACAGCAAAGAAAAAAAGAAGCUUCAAAGAGACGAAAGAAGUAUAAUAGAGAAAGAAAUGAAAAGAUCGCAAAUUUAGAAAAGCAAAUUGAGAAGUACAAGAAAAGAUUAGCGAGAUUUAAAAGUAAAAUAAAAAAGAACGUUGAAGAUACCCCCAAGACAAAAAUAUUUAAAAUGUUAGACGAGCCCGAUCAAAGAAAAGAAGUAGUCAAGAAAGCAUUAUUUGGUGACGUCAUUAGUGAACAGUUGAAAGAGAAUUAUUCCACAUUGAAACGUACCAAAGAGAGACAAAUCUUUAAAAAAGUUGUUGAGGGCAGUAUUGUUCAAAAGUACAGGCACUGGAUACCUAAAGACAUUAAAUUGUUGUCUAGAAACGGCAAAAAAGCCAAUUUUAGUGGCUUGGACGUACCUUUAGCUAGACGUUGUAAAAUACCUGAGAGUUAUAAACGGGCUGUUCAGAAUUUCUUUGAAGAUGAUAGUAAUAGCCGUAUGGCAGCCGGUAAAAAAGAAUUUAUAAGCAGAAAUACUGUAAGGAAACAGAAAAGGUAUCUUCUUGAUACAGUUUUUAAUCUCUACAAAAAGUUUAAGACUGGCAACAUAAAACUUAGCUACCAAACAUUUUGUCGACUCCGUCCAUUUUGGGUUGUAAAACCAAACACUCAAAACCGCGAUACAUGUCUAUGCGUAGUUCACACCAACGUGGAUAUGAAGCUGAGCGCACUUCAUACUGCUAACAUACUGACCUACAACAAUCACCAGAAAUUGCUGGAAGAAAUAUGUUGCGACCGUUAUGAUGUGGAUUGUUUGGCGAGAUCGUGUCAUACUUGUCGGGAUAAAAACCCGAAAUAUAAAGAAUUCGAUGAUGGAACAGUCGUAAAAUAUAAAAUGUGGGUUUGCGAAAGACAACAAAUCCAAGAUUUUACGACUAAGAAGCCCCGAAUAGUGACCAAAUAUUUGAUAAAAACAUUUGCACUACAUCCAAGACAACUCAUAACAUGUUUGCAGGAAGAUUUACAGAAAUUUUUGAAUCACCAGCGAAAUAUUGUCCAUCAAUAUAAAGCCAUUAAUGAUUUGAAGGCAAACCUGCAAGAUGAUGAAGUCUUGAUCCACGUAGAUUUUAGCGAAAAUUAUUGCACCAAGUACGCAGCAGAAAUACAGGCUUUUCAUUUCGGUGGAUCACGAGCACAACUGAGUUUGCAUACCGUAGUAAUUUACCAACAGAAUUCCAUCCGUUCUUUUUGCACAGUCUCCGAGAAUAUAGCCCAUUCACCUGCUGCCAUUUGGACACACCUGCGACCAAUUUUUGAGGCUCUUCCACGUGGCGUCAAACGAGUACAUUUCUUGAGCGAUGGCCCUGUAACGCAGUACCGUAAUAAAACUAUGUUUUUCAUAAUGGCAACCAAGCUCUCUGAAGAGAUUCCGGACAUUGAGAAAUUUACAUGGAACUACACCGAAAGUGGCCAUGGCAAAGGCGCACCGGAUGGUAUCGGAGCAACGUGCAAAAGAACAGCUGAUUUUGUUGUUAAUUCUGGUGGCGACAUCAACAAUAUCGAUCAGUUUGUCAAAGUAAUCCAAGAGCGAUGCCCUAGCAUUACAUGUAUCGCAAUUGACGGUAAAGACAUCCAGGCAAUGAUCGAUAAAGUUGAAGAGGAAGCGUCCGACCAGAAGAGUUUUAAAGGCACUUUAGAUGUGCAUCAGGUCGCAGGUGUUUACUCCAGCUCCAACCUCGGCCUUCCAACUAAAUGUAAAAUGCUUACAAUGAAAAGUCUCAGCUGCUUUUGCAACAACGCAUCCUGUGACCACUAUCAGAUUGGCAGUAUCAACUUUGCUCUAAAUCCUAGAUGGACAGUAGAAGAAGUAUUUACAGAGUCCGAGCCGGAAGAUCUUGAAUCUGCUGAAGGUGAAUUGGCAUCUUUACCAAACAAGUCCCCUAAAAGAUUGGAUGAAGAUAUAGCAGGACCGAGUGGCUAUCAGAAUUCAUGCUAUAAUACUGGAGAAUACGUUCUUGUGAAAUUUCCAGCUAAAAAUGUAGAAUACCGUUAUGCUGCCGUAAUUAAUGACAUUGACGGUGAUGAAAACGAUUUACGAGUUACUUUUCUCAAGGUUUGUAACAAAAAAGUGCAGACCUUUAGAAUAGAUGACAAGGACAUCUCAGACGUGUCAUUUGAUCAAGUUAUCCAAAAGUUGGAUAGCCCCGACUUGAUUUUAAAAGGAAAGAGAAUAUAUUAUAAAUUUUCGACUGAAGUAGACGUUUUCGAGCGCUAA